GUCACAUGAUAAAUGUCAGAUUUUGACAGCGAUCCCAUUCACAUUUUAUUUUCAUUCACUAUUUUCUGGAAAUGACGGAGUUGUCUAGAGAAAUAGGAGAAGUUUGGUCCAGGUUAUUCGACCAUCGCCCAUUCUUGAAUGGAGAAAUAAAGUUCAUGCUCAAGGAGUUUGAGGAAAAACGAGGUGACCGUGAAGUUGAAAAUUUGUUUUCAAUACUAGAGAAGCUGACUGAUGUAAAGGACACCCAGGUUGAUAAAAUUAAGAAGAGUGGAGAGACUGGCCUGCCCAUUCUUAGUGAGAAAUUGGAUCAAACUUUGGAACUUUUUUCUGGUGUUGAGGCAGAAAUUGCUGAAGUACAGAAGCAAACUGAACAAAAAAGAAUUGAGAAUCGUGAAAAGCGUCAGAAGGAAUGGGAUCAGUUUAUUGAUGAUAUGAACUUUAAAUGCAAGAGAAUAGAUAACGCUUUUGAAGAAAAAGAGGAAGAGCUUAGAGACUUGUAUGCUGAUUUGGACCACAAGCUUAAUAUCACCAAGUAAACCACAAUGGAUCUUAAAGGCUCUUUGGUUGAUACCAAUCUAAGAAUAUACCCAUCUACAACAUUUAUUGAGUUUCUGGACUCAUUACCCAAGAUUGAAGGAUUUCCUGUUAAUAUUAUCAACAUCAAAAAUGGCAAUAAAGAUGCAAAACAUAAUUCAAAAGUAAAUAAAGUAAAAGACAUAAGUUAUAGUCUAAACAAUGAAGAUUUGAAAUAUAUUCAAACAAUAAAAAAGUCAAUAAAAGAGACAAACCAAGAUGAGGAUGAGGAGGAUUACAAAAGUCCAAUCAAAUCAGAUAAAAAUAAUGAAGCAUCUUCAAAAUCAGAAAACAACAAUGAAGAUCAAAUUGAUUCAAACUGCAAUGAAGAAAAUGAACUGAAUGAUACUGACAUAAAACCUGUAUCAAAAGAAGAUGACGAUCUAUACCUUCACA